AGCGCAGCUGCCUGGACCCAGGCGAGACGCCACCUGACGCGCCCUGUCCGAGCGGGGGCGGACGCUGGCGUCUCGGGCACUUGGCCCAGAGCAUCCGUGCCGGCGUGGCCCGAGCUGGCACCUGGCGAGCGGCUGCAUCCCGGCGGCCUCUCCUUGGCCCGUCUGGGCGGUCAGAGGCGGGGCUGCCGCAUCCCUGCCGGGCUGGCCGAGAGCCAGGCCCCGGGGAGGGGCCGCUCGCGGUUUUCGGCGAUUCCAGGACACGUGAUUGCUGUUUAGGGACCGCUGCAGUCCCGGUCCACGUCGUAGACUCUUCAGUACACGUGGGAAUCGAGCUGCCAGGUGUCCACGACCAUGACGGUGAACCUUUUGGAGGACUGGUGCCGGGGGAUGGAAGUGGACAUCCACAGGUGCCUGUUGGUCACAGGCAUCCCGGAGGACUGUGGCCAAGUGGAAAUUGAGGAGACCUUGAAUGGGGUCCUCUCCCCGCUGGGCCCGUACUCUGUGCUCAACAAGAUUUUUUUGAGGGAAGAGAAUGCCAAAGCUGCCCUCAUUGAGGUGGGCGAGGGUGUGAAUCUGAGGGCCAUACCCCGGGAAUUCCCAGGAAGGGGGGGCAUCUGGAGAGUGGUCUGUAGGGACCCCACCCAGGAUGCUGAGUUUUUAAAAAACCUGAGUGAAUUCCUGGAUGCAGAGGGGCGCACCUGGGAGGAUGUGGUCCGCCUGCUUCAGCUCAACCAGUGCCCACCACCCCAGAACCAGAAUCAGCCCCCAGAGAACUGGGCAGAAGCUUUGGGGGUGCUUCUGGGGGCGGUGGUGCAAAUCAUCUUCUACAUGGAUGGCGAGAUCCGCAGCCGGGAGGAAGCUAGGGCUCGAGAGGUUGCUGAGGCCCAAGCAGUGGCAUCCUUGGCUUUGGCAACAGCGAGGAAGGUCAAGAAGGAGCCAGGGUGGGCUGCAGAGGUGGGCUCUGCCUUGAAGAUGGAGAACCUGGACGGCUGGAAUGACGUGGAAGAUGAGGGUGACCCUCUUGAACCUCUGGUUCAAAAGGCUGGAGCUAAGACUCGCCCCAGGAGAAAGAAGCAGAAAAAAACUCCCAAGCAGGAACCAGUGCCCUGGAAGAAAUCCAGAGGCAACCAUUCCCACAGCUCGGCCUUCUUGGAGGAUCCUGAAGCUGAUGAUGCUGAAAAUAUGGAGAUGCCAGAAUAUAUCAGGAGCAACAAAAAGCCCUGUGUGAAGCAGGAGGGGUCAACUUUGAAGAAGGCCCUAGCGAAAUGUGCCUGGAAGUCUCCCACCAACCCGCCCCACGAUGCCCAGGCAGAAGCUGCGAGCCCUGGAGUUGCCUCUGAGUCAGACCAAGAUGGUGGUCCAGAGGGCCCACCAAAGAAGAAGGCCAUGGGCUGGGCCUCGGCAAAGAGCCCUGCUCCCAUGAGGAAGAAAAAGAAGGUGAGCUUGGGCCCUGUCUCUUAUGUCCUUGUCGAUUCGGAAGACACCAGGAAGAAGCCAGAGAUUCCAAAGAGAGGGCAAGGCUCGAGAAGGGAUGCAUUGGAUCAGGAGGCCCUUCGGAGCCCACAGCCCGCUGAGUCACCAGCCUCAACCUCCCAGGGUCCAAAGGCCAAGCCACAAGGCUCUCCUCAUGCUUCCAGUGGUGAGAAUGACGACAGAAGUCAUUUGGGUUGUGUCAACAAGUGGAUGAAGGGGGAGGAGCAACAGGGGCAGGUGGGGAUGGAGGAACCCAAGGGGACAGAGGGUCAAAUGGUCGCUGAGGAGGACCCCAGUGCAGUGGAGGUAGUGGGUGACACACCAGUUGAGGUUUUAGAGGCUGAGAGCCCUGACCCCCCUCCUAGGAGCCCCUGAAGGCCAACACUGGGGACACCUGUGGGGACAGGAGUUGGCAGAGCAAACCCACUGAUCUGUCUUUUGUUGGUGAGUGUCUCCGUGGUAUUCUCCGGUCAUCUGACACUCAUCUGAUCCAUCUCCCUCAGUAAGAACUGAAUAAUUUGGGGUUAUAUUGUUUGUCAGAGUAGGUGGCUUUGAGGGUGGAGUUUUCUGGCGGCCUGUUUGGGAGUUUGGGAGAUGGAAAUGUUCAAGGGCUUAGAAGUUCCAAGGAAGUGAAGAAACUUUCCAGUGACACCUCUCCCUGCUUCCCCUCUUGAGCUGUUCUAAUUUAUCCACAGAACCCAGAAAACUUUGAUUUCCGUCUGCACCUGGGCAGUCAAAAGAAGACCAAGGAAGAAGUUCCAAGUGGGGAACAAAGUUUCUCUUGUCAUUGACUUUUGACUGUUUUAGGGACCCACCCAGUUCGUAGAGAUCCAGCUCUCAGAGGUAAAUGGUAUGUGAGAUUUAGGUGGGAGGAAUUAGGGUAAGGAGGCGUACCCCUAUGCUUUUUCUCUGCCAGGCCUGCUUUUUCACCUCCUCCUAGACUCACCUCCAGAGGUUGGAGAGUCACUAAGCAGAUUGGGAAAACUCUAAAACGUUCACCUUGGCACAUGGGCAAGGUCACUGUUAUGUUCAUCCACGUUCGGCCUUUCUCCCCCAUCCCCUGCUUCCUUUUCUGGAUGAUCAGCCAACCUCUGCAGGGCCUGGCAUUGUAAAGGGCGGGGCGACCGUUCGCUCCCUUCUUCCCUUUCUCUGCUUCGACCACCGGGUGGGUUAAGCCAAGAUCUUUGCUGCAGACCUGACUUCCUUGCUGCUACUGGUCUGCAAUAUCCAUCCUCCAGUUCUCUAACCAGAGGAUGUUAAGGUCCCAAGCAUCGGUUUGGGGGAAAAAGACUGUCCACUUAGGCCUUGAAGUGUUUGGUUUUCGGUCCUGUUAAUAAAAAUGGUACUUCGAUUCCCAUUUGGGGUGAAACCCUUGUAGGAAGCGUGUGGGCAAGAGGAGCAAUGGAUAGGAAAGGACUCUGGCAUUCCUGGCUCCCUGGCUCUAAUUCCAUCCAAUACCCCCAAACUCUUUUUGAGGCUGAAGACCAAAUCUCACAUUCUAGGAAGAGAGAGAAAAAUAUUCUUUAAAAAUUGGCUGUUAAAUUCUGCCCUCUGAAUAGACCAGAGUGCCAUGUCUCCUGGGUGUGCAGGAGUCGGGGGAGGGGCGGGUUACCUGAGCUCAGUGGUUUCCAGAUUGUAUCCCAGGGAAGCCCAAGCUGUGCUUAAAGAAGUAAUCCGAAUCUAUUUUUUCAUGUAUUUAAAAAAAAAAAAAAAAAAAAACUGAAAGAUGACUACUUGAAUGUGUCAUAAACCAAAUAAGUCACAUCAGAGACUAUCAAAAUAUUACCUUGUGUUCACCAGUUAGCUUGUUUUGGUACAGGUAUCCAAUUCGUUGAUUCCACCACCUAUUUGCAUAUAAUUGAAUUUCUUGUAAAUGUGACUGAUAGGAAAAGUUCCAAGUGGGAGAAGUUGGUCCUCCGCAUGGCCUGUGAUAGAACACUCUGAAAGAAGUUUCCCUUUGUAAUUCACAUACUCCUGUCCUGCUGUGAUACUCAGUUGUGUGAUGGCAGAUGUAUCAAUACGGCACGCAGUAAUUCAUAUUCUAUCAGAGAGAGUUUUAGGGUCUCUCUUCUGGCUUCAGUUUUUGUGAUAAAGAAUGUGAACAGUUAUUAGAUGUUGUUGGUGAUUCAACUUUGAAAACAGAUUUCUUGUUGACGAUUCAUUUCAAAAGCCUGAGGAUGAGUCUGAGGAUGCAGGAAGAAAGGAGAUGGUUUCCGUUUGUAGCUCUUCACCUGUGUGCAUCACGGUUUUCCUUGGGUCUGAGCAAAACAAAACAGAGGAGUGAAUUGGCCUUUCAAGGUGACGAAAGCCUCCAGCUCUCCAGCUCCUGAUUUCAGAAUCAGGUCCAUUAGGGCUUCGUUGUGUUAACAAAUUGACAUUAUGAUUAGUAAAUGUAAAUGUAUAUGCUAUAAAAUAAAGUUUAGCAAACUAA